AUGGAAGAUGACCGCGCGCAGGUUGAUUUGGGGGUAGCUGUCGAUGUAGAGAAUACUUUCGAAGAGCCAAUAGCACAACGUCAACCAAAGAAGCGUUUCGUCGGAAGGAAGCAAGCUGCAGAAGCAGCAGCAGCACGGAUUGGCAUCAAUGCAACCCCAGGAGACAGUGGCGCUGUUCAAGUUGCGACUCCAAGGAAAAUUCGAACAUUAAAUCAAGUACCCCCCGAAAUCUUGAAUGACCCUGAUAUCAAUGCUGCGAUCGCCCUACUUCCACCAAAUUAUUCCUUUGAGAUACACAAGACUAUACAUAGGAUACGAGCAAAUGGGUCAAAGAAGGUUGCGUUGCAGAUGCCAGAAGGACUCCUACUGUUUGCAACCACUAUUUCGGAUAUUCUUUCCCAAUUUUGUCCUGGAAUUGAGACGCUUAUAAUGGGGGAUGUCACGUAUGGAGCUUGUUGUAUUGAUGAUUAUACCGCCAGAGCCUUGGGCUGUGAUUUACUGGUGCAUUACGCGCAUUCGUGUUUGAUCCCCGUGGAUGUUACAAAAAUCAAAACUCUCUAUGUAUUCGUCGAUAUCAGCAUAGACACGGCACAUCUACUUGCAACUUUGGAGAAGAACUUUGCGUCAGGAAAGACCAUUGCUAUGGUAGGAACAAUUCAAUUUAAUGCGACACUACAUGGCGUUCGAGCCCCUCUCGAGAAAGCGGGGUAUAAUAUUCUCAUUCCUCAAAUUGCUCCUCUCAGCAAAGGCGAGAUUCUUGGAUGCACUUCUCCUCAACUGUCAACUGAUGGCGUUGAUGUUAUUCUGUAUCUUGGAGAUGGUCGUUUCCAUCUUGAGAGCGCAAUGAUACACAAUCCAACGAUACCAGCUUACCGAUACGAUCCCUAUUCUCGAAAGCUGACUCGUGAAAGUUACGAUCACAAAGAGAUGCAUACUUUGAGAAGAGAUGCUAUCGAAACCGCAAAACCUGCAAAGAAGUGGGGACUUAUUCUAGGAUCUCUAGGCCGUCAGGGAAAUCCACACACCAUGACAAUGAUUGAGAAAAAGCUUGAGGAGCGAGGAACACCAUAUAUCAACUUGCUCUUGAGCGAGAUUUUCCCUGGAAAACUAGCCAUGAUGGACGAUGUUGAGUGUUGGGUACAAGUAGCAUGUCCCAGACUCAGUAUCGAUUGGGGAUACGCAUUUCCCAGACCUCUAUUAACCCCCUACGAAGCAUUAAUCGUACUGGGCCAGAAAGAGGAUUGGGCGAAAAGCAAUAAUGAUAUUUAUCCUAUGGAUUACUAUGGCAAGGAAGGCCUCGGCAGAACAAAGCCUAUUGCCAGUAUUCCAGUUGCGGGUUGA